AUGCUUUGUACGGAUACUCAAAGUAUUGACUCAAAAACAAUAAUUCGUGCUCGGGGACUUCCUUGGCAAGUAUCUGAUUUGGACGUAGCCCUUUUCUUUGCUGGGUUGGAAAUUGCAAAAGGCGGAGUAAUUUUAUGUCUCGGACCUGAAGGAAGGCGAAAUGGGGAAUGUCUAGUUAAAUUUGAAACUCCAGAAUAUAGGGAUUGGGCUCUUGAACGGCAUAGAUGCCAUUUAAGACAACGAUAUAUUGAAUUAUACCGUUCAAGUGCUGAUGAUUUUGUGAGGCAUGCUAUAGGAAUAGAUCAUUGCGCACUAAAUUUUGCUCAACUUGCUGACCAACAAUCUCAACAAAAUUUUCAUCAAGCAAUGAUUGUUCGUAUGAGAGGCCUUCCAUUUUCUGCCACGGAGCAACAAAUUCGUGACUUUUUCUCAACUGAUGGCCUUCCCAGUGGAAUCCUCCAAGAAGGUGUUCUUUUUGUCCAGCGACCUGAUGGACGGCCAUCUGGUGAUGCUUUUGUUCUUUUUUGUGAUGAACAAAGUGGACGUAGAGCUUUACUAAAACAUCGGCAAAGAAUGGGGACUAGAUAUAUAGAAUUGUUUAGAACAACACAAGCAGAAGUUCAACAACUUUUUAAUUCUAAACAACAAAUUAUUAAUGCUCAAGAAAAAAAUUUAGGAGGAGGGGGAAUUUUAACAAAUAAUAAUUUGGUUAAUAAUAACCAAAAAACACAAACAAUAAUAACUUCAACAACUAGUAGUGCUUCUAAUGGAAUAAUUAAUACACUUCCCCCAAUUUUUGCCCCACCAAUAAACACAUCAGUAGCGGCAACCUUUAUACCUUUUGGCAAGCCAACACCCCCUCCCUUCAAAAAUGGUCGUCGGCGUGAUUGCCUCAGACUAAGAGGCCUUCCAUACGAAGCACAAGUACAACAAGUUGUUGAAUUUUUGGGACCCCAUGCAAGGCACGUACUCUUUCAAGGAGUACAUAUGAUUUAUACUUCGAUUGGUCAUCCAAGUGGUGAAGCUUUUAUUCAAAUGGAAUCAGAACAAGCUGCUUCUAAUGCCUCACAAGAAUGUCAUAAUAAAUAUAUGGAGCUUGGGAAGAAGAAACGUUAUAUCGAAGUUUUCCAAUGUUGUGCAGACGAUAUGAGUCUUCAUUUAAAUAUUUUACAACAAUCACCUCCAUUAAUACCUCCAUCAGCAGCCCCAGGUUUAUUACCAACUCCCCAUUCUCCAUUAAUUCCUCUACCUACAAAUGGAACUUCCCCUCUUUUUUCAUUGCCAGCCACAAAUCCUUUUUUGGCAGCAUUUGCUGCAGCGACUAAUGUUGGAGCAAUCAAUGAACAAACAACUAAUGGAGGAGGGGGAAUUUUAUUGACACCUCCUCAAUUUGUUACUCCUUCUCUUCCACUUACCCAUCUCUACUCACCAGAAGUCGCUGCCCAAUUUGGCGGUUUCCCUCCUCCCCCUUCACAUCCACAAGAAUUAUGGCUUCGCAAUAAUUGUUUAACAUCAACAAUAGUAACAACAAAUGGUUCUACUCCUUUAUUUAAUGGACAUUUUCUACAUUCUUCAACAGCUAAUUGUGGUGGAGGGGGAGGUAGAGGUGGGGGAGGGGGAGGAGGUAUUUUUGCUGCUGCCCCUCCUUUACUUUCACUUUUAACACUUCAACAACAACAAAAUGGAGGUAAUAAUAAUGCAUAUAUAAAUGAUAUAAAUAUUCAAAAUCCUUAUCAAAUUGGAAAUGGAACGGCUACGGAAGUUUAG